AUGAAAGUAGAAUUAAAUCAAGAAAAAGAUAAAACAUCUUCUCUAUCACGUAAAAAACGUCGUCAACUUGAGAGAAAAUUAAUUAAAGCAAAACGAAAUGCAUGGCAUCAUGGACAAAAAAUUCCAAUGUCAAUUGAUACUGUUUCACCUUCAAUUGAACAUCAAGAAAAUUUAGAAAAGAAAAAGAAAAAGAAAAAGAAAAAGAAAAAAAAGAAGAAAAAUAAAUCAUCAGAAUUAACAUUUGAUGAAAAAGCUGCUAAAGAACAUCAUCAAAAAAUUUUACUUGAAGAUAAUCAAGCUGAAGAUACUCAUAUUAAAAAAUUAGAAAAACUUUUACGCAUUAAAUCUAAUAGAAAAACUUAUUUACGUGGUUUUAUUGAUGAUGGAUUAGAUUAUUUACUCGAUUUUUGUGAUAAAGAUCGAAGAAAAAAAAUUAUGCUUGCAGAAGGUGAUGGACAAGGUAAUGCUUGGUAUGAUGAACUUGAUGAAGAUCAACAAUGGUUAGUAAAUAAACAAAAACAACAAGUAGAAUUAGCAAAUCAACUUGAAAAUGAACAAAACAAUAUUAAACAAGAAAAAACAAAAAAGAAAAAAACAUCUGUCGUGAAAUUUAAUGAUCAGGUUCAAACUAAAAUGAUUGAUAAUGAUUCAAUAGAUGAUGAAGAAGAUUUUGAUGAAGAUGAAGAAGAAGAAGAAGAAGAUUUUGAUGAGGAUGAAGAGGAAGAUUUUCAUGAAGAACAAGAAGAAGAAGAAGAUUUCAGUGAAGAAAUAGAAGAAGAAUACAAAGAUGAUGAUAUUGAAGAAACUUCACCGAUGAAAGAAGAUAUUUAUGGACGAACAAUUGAUGUCAAAGGCAAUGUUGUCAAAAAUAAUUCAAGUACAGCUUAUAUACCUCCUGCUCUUCGUCAAAAAUUAACUUCAUCAGAUGACAAUUCAACUGUAGAACUAAAACGUCAUCUUCAAGGUCAAUUAAAUCGUUUAAGUGAGAAAAAUUUAUCAUCAAUAUUAAUUGAAAUCGAAACACUUUAUCGUUCUCAAUCUCGUGCAUCGAUUAAUUCAUGUUUAUAUAAAUUAUAUUAUGAUAGUCUUUUAUCAUCACUUUCAUUGACAGGUGAAAGUUUACUUUCUGAACAUGCUUUACUUGCUUGUCUUCUUCAUGCUAAUAUUGAUUUAAAAAUUGGUUCAGAUUUAUUAGAAAAUUUCUUACCAGUAUUCAUAGAACAUAUUAAUGAUGAAGUAUCGAAUAAAAUAAAUGAUAAUUUAAUAAUAUUUAUUUCAUAUUUAUAUGCAUUUCAUAUGACAAAUGGAAAAGUUUUAUUUGAUAUAGCUCGAUAUUUAUUAAAUAUUGAUCAAUUAAAUGAAAAACGUCUUGAAUUAAUUCUUUUAUUAUUAAAAACAAUUGGAUUUAUUUUACGUAAAGAUGAUCCAUUACAAUUAAAAGGUUUUUUACAAGAAUUACGAACAUCAUGUUCAUCAUCAACAUUAUUAUCAUCAUCAUCAAAACGUGUUGAAUUUAUGAUGGAUACAAUAAAAAGUUUAAAAAAUAAUGAUGUUAGAAAAUUACCAGGUGGUUUUGAACCUGAACGAGAUAAAAGUGUUGAAGAUGCUAUUAAUACAUCAUAUGGACAAACAUUAAAACGUUUUCAUGGAUGGAUUACACGAGGACUUUUUUCGAUUGCAAUUCGUUCAUCUCCUUACAAAGAAGAUUUUCUUCAAUCACUUGCUAUAGAUCCGAAUGAUGCUCGAGAAGUUCUUUUUGAACAACAGAUAUUAAAUGAAAUGAUUGAACAUGGUUCAAAUAUAAAUAAUGUUCUAAAUAAAAUAACAGAUUUUUAUAUUGAAAAUGAACUUGAAUCAGAUGAAAUUAUUGGAUGA